UUAAUGCUUGGUCCCAUGCCAGCACAUUCUUGGGACCAGACGUUAUAUCUGCUGUCCACGCGCCACACCACUCACAUAAAAAGCUGCCCAUUGUCUUCGACAGCCGCUGUUUCGACUCUGCAGACACCACAUCUCAGUUGCAGCGAGGUAAGAAAAUUCAUGGAGUCCGACAGACCAAGAGCCAUGAAUCUCAGAGAUAAGCCGAAGUCGAAGAUUUCGGCUUCGCGCAAGCUCUCCCUCAAGAUGCUCCUCCUCCAAAGAGCAUGUGAAGAUUUGGAGAAGGAGACGCAGGACAGGGAGGAGGAGAAGGUGCGCUAUCUAGGAGAAAAGCUGCCCCCUUUGCAACUGUCUGGAUUAUCACUGGAGGAGCUACAAAAUCUUUGCAAACAGCUUCACUCAAAGAUUGACAUUACAGAUGAGGAGAGAUAUGACUGUGAAUCCAAAGUGAGCAAACACAACAAAGAUAUCCAUGAGCUGAAGCUGAAGGUCCAGGACCUCGGGGGCAAGUUCAAGAAGCCCGCCCUGAGGAAGGUGAGGGUGUCGGCAGACGAGAUGAUGAGAGCUCUGCUGGGCUCCAAACACAAGGGCUCCAUGGACCUCAGAGCCAACCUCAAGUCUGUGAAGAAGGAGGACGUCAAACAGGACAAGGUGCUCACUUCGGAGGUGGGUGACUGGCGUAAGAAUGUGGAGGCCAUGUCGGGCAUGGAGGGCCGCAAGAAGAUGUUCGACACAGGCGGUGGAGCGCAGUGAGGAGUCCUGCAGAUGACGAGGCUGGUCGACGAGGAGCGAGGGAAGAGGAAGUUGUGCAGACAGAAAAUAUGGAACCUGAAGGGCUAAAUGACUUGAAAGCUGUAGGAUUUAAGCAUUAUAGAUCACAAAAGCAUGUUUGACCCCCCCCAGUCUGUCAGCUGCUUGAUUUGUUUGACGGCCAUUUUUUUCUGUGCAACGACUCGAAGCACUUAAAGAAAAAGUGUAGGAUGAGUUUUUUUUUAUUACCAGAGAUGUUUUGUUAUGACAUAUUCAGACAAUUAAAAGUGGCUGCGAAUAAACAGCUUCAGUCUUUCAUGUUCCAUAUCUGUA